AUGGCGUUAGCGGAGACAGUUCUACGCAAGGUGUAUAAACUUGGUUUAUUGCCAAAGCUAUUCUUGAUACUUCCGCGAGUGUCAUUUCUUUUAGCAUUGGCUAGUGUUGCUUGGUUACUUAUGUUACCAAUGGAUGGCCAGUUCAGGAACACGUACAUUUCUGAAAACGCAUUGAUGCCUGGUCAAGUGACAUCGUACUUUCGUGAAAGUGAAUGGAACUACGUACGUGGAUUCCGCUCGGAAGUGGUCAACUGGAAUUUCUCGGAAAUGUCAACAGACAACGAGCUCCUAACUAAUUGGCUUCAAGAUUUUGGAUGGUCUGUUUCGAAACACCGCGAUCCAAAGACAAAUACCACCACAACUUAUGCCAUAAUGCACGCUCCACGUGGAGACAACACAGAGGCAAUGGUUUUAGUUGUUCCCUAUUUCACCUCUGAAGGUAUGCCUAAUAAAGGUGGGCUCACUCUAGGCCCAGCCUUGGCCAAUUAUUUUGCAAAAAUGUCCAUCUGGUCAAAAAAUCUCAUUUUGGUGUUUCCCCAUAAUGGUCAUUCUGUCCUUCGGUCGUGGGUCGAGGCUUAUCAUACUACAUUGGAUGCAACUGCAGGUUCUAUUGACGCAGCUCUUGUGGUCGAGUAUCCCUCAGACAGCGAUGCUUUUGGUCAUUUAGAAAUCAAUUAUGAGGGUCUCAAUGGUCAGUUACCGAACUUGGACUUAAUCAACACUGUGACGACUGUGGCAAGCCACGAGGGUAUCAGAGUCAGUGUUCAGGGCAUGAGUCCAGAUGACAUAGACAAGCGUGAUUACUGGUCACGGUUGCAGGUAUUUGCGUCUGGUAUUUUGCGCCUAGCCACUGCUGGAAUAUCUUCAAAGUCUCCGGGAUGUGAGUCCUUCUCAGGAUGGCAGAUUCAAGCAAUCACCAUCUCAGCGGCUGGCGAGAAAGGACACGAUGUUACUCAAUUUGGUAGAAUCAUUGAUUCUUCAUUUCGUUCUGUCAACAAUUUGCUCGAAAAAUUCCAUCAGUCAUUCUUUUUCUAUCUUUUGAUGUCGCCACGCCAUUUUGUGUCCAUAGGCACUUACUUACCUGCUGCAGUUCUAGUGGCUGUGUCAUUUGCAAUCAGUUCUUUGUACUCCCUUGCCAGUGGCGUCACUACGCCUGAAUUCAUCACUCAUAUAAGUGAUGUUUUGUUCAUCUUUACAGGGAUAGAGGCUGUAUGCUUACUAUUGUCCUUGUUGAUGCAAACCAUUGUUGUCAAUGCCACUGAAGGCUAUACAACGACUAUCACCAUAGUGUAUGGACUUGUUAUAAGUACACUCGUGACUGUCCUAAGCACGCUUGCAGGCAACAACAUCAAAAUUUUGAGCAAAACUCACUCGUACAUGCUUUUAGCUUUCGCGCUUUUUUUCAUCGCGAUGUUGAUUGUGAGUAUGCUCAUAGUUCAUUUUGCAUUAGCCUUUUCAAUCGGAAUUUGUGCUUUGCCUUUGACUUUUAUCCAGCCUCUUAUAAAUAUGUGCAAUGCGGGCAAUGGGUCUCUUAUUAAGCACAAGCUAAGGAUUGCUAUGUGCCUUCUUAUUUCGUCUCCAAUCACAGUAGUUGUAGCGCUUGGCUACCUUAUCAAUGAUGGUGGGAUGUUUGGUAUUGCGAACUUUAGUCAUGGAUUGUUUGUUUCUUGGGAUGCUAUGCAGAGUUGGACAUACUUCAUCAUUGCAUUGGGAUGGUAUCCAGCAUGGAGUGCUAUAGCCGUCGCAUGCAUCUUUGGAGAUUUCAGGAUCGAAAGUGUCAAACAGAAGGCGGAUUAG